CUUUAUUCCUUCCCCCCAGUGGGGAAGUCAGGGAAGGGGGGAUGUGGAGAAUGCUCCGGCAGGGGGCUGAACCACUCUAUGCUUGCGGGGAAGGUCCUGACACUCACGCCGGCCCUAGGGUCCAGGUGUCAUCCCUGUGAGGACAGCCCAUGUCUCCUCAUGGUGUGGGCUUGUUCGGGGCAUCAAUGUUGUUUCCUGCUCUGGUGUACUGGGGCCACGAGCAGCAAUCCCAGAUGGGAGAGGGUGCUGGGCUCCGAGGUGCUGGCAGCUGGUCUCCAUCCCAUUCCUUUUCCUUUCUCCAGCGCUCCCAGCAGCUGAAGCAUUCAGCGUGGCUGGCCCCAGCACCACGCCACUUGAACUCCGGCCUGCCUGUGAAUAUCGGUGUGCUCUUUGUGCCGCAGCAGGAGGCUUGGGUGGUGGAGAGGAUGGGCAAGUUCCACCGAAUCCUCGAGCCUGGUUUGAACUUCCUCAUCCCUCUGCUGGAUCGGAUUCGUUACGUGCAGAGCCUCAAAGAAAUAGUCAUUAAUGUCCCAGAGCAGUCAGCUGUCACCUUAGAUAACGUCACCCUGCAGAUUGAUGGUGUGCUCUACUUGCGGGUUAUGGACCCCUACAAGGCCAGCUAUGGGGUGGAAGAUCCCGAGUAUGCAGUGACCCAGCUGGCCCAGACCACCAUGAGAUCCGAACUUGGCAAACUCUCCCUCGACAGAGUCUUCCGGGAGCGGGAGUCCCUCAAUGCCAACAUUGUGGAUGCCAUCAACCAGGCUUCAGACUGCUGGGGCAUCCGGUGCCUGCGCUACGAGAUCAAGGACAUCCACGUACCCCCCCGCGUGAAGGAAUCCAUGCAGAUGCAGGUUGAGGCAGAGCGACGGAAGCGGGCGAUGGUGCUGGAGUCGGAGGGGACACGGGAAUCAGCUAUCAACGUGGCUGAGGGGCAGAAGCAGGCCCAGAUCCUGGCGUCGGAAGCUGAGAAGGCCGAACAAAUCAACAAAGCUGCUGGAGAAGCCAAUGCUGUGCUGGUCAAGGCCAGGGCCAAGGCGGAGGCGAUUCAGCUCCUGGCAGCAGCUCUGGCACAGCAGCAUGGCAAUGCCGCCGCCUCCCUCUCUGUGGCAGAGCAGUACGUGAGCGCCUUCUCCAAGCUCGCUAAAGACUCCAACACCCUCCUGCUGCCCGCCAAUGCCGGCGACGUCACCAGCAUGGUCGCGCAGGCCCUGGGCAUCUACGCCACGCUGACCAAGCCACCAGCUGUGAAGACCCAGGAUGAGAUGCCCCCUGUCCAUGAGGACCCCCAGCCUCCCGCCACCGAGGUGCUUGAGGCAGAGCAGGCCAGCUCCAGCUAGCGGGGCCGGAGGGGUCCUGCGCCCUCCCUCGGGGCCUGCCGGGCUGCCGGCAGUCCUGCCCUGCCGCCCUCCCCGCUCAGACGCUGCUCUUCUUCCCUUGGUCCUUAUUUUGUAUUUGGAUUUAAAUCAUGUAAUAAAUGGUACCGGUGCUGCUGCAGCGCGUCCCCCCGGGCGCUCGGGAGCCCACCCGUGACCCCACCAUCUGCUGCUGAGGGAGGACCGUCCCUCUUAAGUGGGCUCUUGCCAGGAGCUCCCACGGACACGCGGUGAUCCUCAGGAGGAGCUGGGGGACCCCUCUCCCGGGGGGGACACCCCUCUCCUGGGACCUGGGCUCCUGUCAUCGUCCCUUCGCUCUCCCGGUAGCUGCCCCGGGGGGGCGGCUUCUCUAUAGCGCGCUCCUCACAGUGGGCGCGCCGCAGGGAGGGGAACGCCUCUGGAGA